AACCUGAAGAAGCUGACAGGAGCUGUGAGCAGUUCCUCCUUCAGACAUGGACUCUCACAUCAAGACCGGGAAGGUUUUCCUGCAGUCACACAAACCUGGAAAAAAGUGGAAGCCCGUCCUGUUGUCUGUGUUUCCUGCCAGCAGCAGUGGAGUCGGCCGGCUGGAGAUUCAAUACUUUGGAGGAGGAGGUGCAGCAGGAGGUGAUCACGGCACCAGGAGGCCUCAUGGGGAGAAGAAAGUGAAGGUGGUCCGUCUGUCGGAGCUGCUGAGCGUUCUCAGACUGCCUCCUCACGCUGAGGCCUGCCCAGAGGAGAACAUGUCUGCGUUCUGUGUGGAGAUGCAGGAGCACACUCUGGUGUUCGCGGCUGAAAAAAAGGAUUCAGCGCUCUGGGUGGAAAAACUGUGUCACUGCACAUUUCAGAAAGGAGGACACAGCUCCUCCAACCAGCUCCACAUGGAGGAGAACCAGAUCUACGCCUCCUCAGACCGAGUGGGCGACUUUUGGACAGUGAUCCAGAGAACCGAGGCAGCGGCUCGCUGCGGCCUGCAGGGGGCGUACUGGUUGGAGGUAGGACCGGAGGUUCUAAAGCUUAGAGAACCACAGAAGAAGAAAAUAGUGAGGGAAUGGCCAUACGAGUUGCUGCGACGAUACGGAAAAGAUAAGCUAACAUUUACCAUUGAAGCUGGACGACGAUGCGAAACUGGACCGGGAACUUUCACCUUUGAGACACCGCAGGCUGAGAAAAUCUUCUCCUUGAUUCAGAGCUUCAUCAAACGCAAAACCUCAUCGCCCCUCCCCCAAGAGGGCGACGGCAUCAUCAUUGCUGUCCCGGUGGAGAAUAGGCUGGGGACUCCAGAUGGGAAUUCGCCUGUGAUGGAAGACACUCCAAAAGAUUCACUGAAGUCUGCGCCGGCACCCAUCACCCUCAUGCCCCUCCCAUCAGUCCCCACACACGACAGCCCCUCUGCGGGUCGCCGGAAUACCCAUUUGGAUGUCAUAUACGCUGAUCCGGCGGACUGCAUCCAGUCGGUUAUAAAACGCCAGCCGACCACGGCCCUGUACGUCGACCCAGCCAGCGUGCUUCCACUCAAACCGCCGGGGUCAGCCGUCACCUCCCUCCCCACCGCCCAGCCUCCACCUUUCGGCCUACAGGGGGAACCGAUGGACUCGGAGUACUCGGAGGUAUACGACAGGGUCAGUCCUAACCGCAGUAAUCCUGCCGAGUCCUCGACUGAAGGAACAGCAAGGCGUCCAACGGCAGAGCCAAUCUACGACGAUCCUAUGAGCAACAACGAGGAGCCGGCAAAACAAGCCACGCCCGACCCGUUCAGUCACCUCUAUGCUAAAGUCUGCAAAAGAGGACGGUCCCCAAGCCCCAACGCCAUAAACUCCGCCCAUGAUGAUGACGAUGUCAUCUAUGAGAACCUCGGCAUUAUUUGAUUGGUUUACUUUGUAGACGAGAAAAAACAGAUUCAACUUUCAGAAAAAGAAACAUGUAAUGUUUUCUUUGAAGUUUUUUUUUUUCUCUCAAAUGAAACACAAUCAAACCGGAAACCUGAAAAAAAACAGGAAGGACCUUUUCUGGCCUGAAAAUACAGAAACAUUUCACUCACACAUGUCAGAAAGUGUUUUAGUUGUUAUUAAGUCUGUUCGCAGUAGUAAUCAAUUCUAAUUGUCUGAUGUAACCUCAGCCAACACGUAGAUUACAGAGCAGAUGUUUUUGUGGGAUGGACACAUGCCUAAAUCUGUCCAACUCUCACAUUCACACCUAAAUGCAAUUUACCAGUUACACUCAUAUAACCUUCCAGAACCUUAAAGACCACAAGUGUUAAGAUAAUAGAUUUCAUUUACCUUGUUUUUUAUAGCAUGUUUUGUCUCAUAAAAAAUGGCAUGAGUUGGUUCAGAACAUCCUAUACUUAAUAAUGAUGCCUGGCUUGGUGUUUUUCUACAUAAACAUAAACAUAGUGGAGAGAACUCAGCUCCUCUUUUCUGUCCACUCAGUGUCUGUUUUGGCAUGUGUCUGCAUGUACGCAGAUGAUGGUGGAGAAAAUAGUACGAAAUGUUGUCUGUUAAAUCCUGAAGAGAUUCCACAGCAAGAAAAGAGAGAGGAGGCUCGUGUGUGUGUGUGUGUGUGUGUGUGUGUGUGUGUGUGUGUGUGUGUGUGUGUGUGUGUGUAUGUGUUUGUGUGCAUGCGUGUCAGGAUGAUUGGACUGCAUUAAUAGCCGGCCUCCAUAUGGGGGCGUUCUGAUUAAAAAAAGCACCUUUCCUGAGAUUACUUAACUCAGAGAAACAGAAAUGAAAAAAACAAACAAACAGUGGAUUAGGUCGAAACAGCCAGCUUCACGUUGAGUCCACAUGGGGGCGCUGUAGAAAACCACUGCACAGACACGUGGCGGCACACAGGUAACCUUGUACCUUUACUGGGUACUGUGCUAAAGAACUUUUCUCUGUUGUGUGGAAAAUAUGUCCAUGCAAGGUGGCUUUUAUAAUAUUCCUAAUAUUUGAAAAGCAUCUACUGCUUCAAUUAUUUCAUACAUUUUUGUUGAAAAUACAAUCAAAUACAAAAACAUUGUGACUGAACAUGUGAGCACAGAAAGUUGCUUCACAUGAAUCAUUUAAUUUUUUUUUUUGUAAAUAACACAUUCUAUUGUUGGACAGUGAUAGGCAGUUCUUGUUAUUAAGAGAUUUGCUUUUAAAAAAAAUGCAGCAAUGAUAAAACAAGUGGGUUUUGGCAUCUUUAUUUACCUGUGUUGUUAAUAGAUACGACUAUUCCAGGUUACAUGUCUCUGUAAACUGACUUCACAGUAUUAAAAUGCCCUUUUUU